UUGCGGAAACUAUAUUUCCCACAAUCCUUCACGUUCUGAACACUGCCUGCGUCAAUCCUGCGACAAAAUCUGACGCUAACCAAAAUACAGUGUCGUUUAGUUCCAGUUACACUGUCAAAACUACAAUGGAAACGGAACUACCAAAGAACGACGGUGCUUCAGACGCACCGACAACGUCUCAGUCCAAGAAGCCAAGCCAGGCUCCUCAAAUGCCAAAGAAACGACUCAACGCAUCGAAAGACAAACCUCACAUAGAGGGAGAUGUAAAACCAAGACCCAGGCCUCGCUACACGGACAAGGCUCGAAAGAACGCCAAAAACAAGAAAGACAAGGCAGGGGGAACAGGAGAUGAGCAAGCGCCUGUUGAAAUGGAUAGAGCUGAGCUGCAGACUGCUCACGGAGAGGUUGAGCGGCUACAGGGUGCAGAGAUGUCCAAUGGACAGCUUGAGUCUUCUCAUGUAACCAAUGCAUCCCAUCAUGACGAAAAGGAACAAGAGGACAGUUGGGACACCUUAUUUAACGAUGAUGGAGAUUUUCUCAAUCAGCGACUGCUUGAAGAGCUAUCUUUGAGUGAAGGUCGCAAGAAGUCGUCAAUCCAAGAGGCCAGAUUUGAUUACGACAACAUGCAGCGGUUUGAUGAUGACGUCAUGGACGAGAGUGACGAAGACCUCUCUCAUGUCAUCGAGAUCUACGAUAUUGCUCCAGAGUGUAAAACCGAGGAUCUUUUCAAGUUAUUUCAGGGAUACCAACAGAGAGGAUUCGAUAUCAAAUGGGUUGACGAUACCCACGCUCUAGGUAUCUUUUCAAACCCAUCUUCAGCUCGUGAAGCAUUAAGAUCCAAAAAUCCACUGAUGAAGGUGCGGCCACUCUCCAAAUCCACUCCGGAGACAAAGGCCGCGGCUCGCAGCUUCUCUGAGUCCCCCAUUUCUGGUAAGGAGAGGCCUCAGACCAGUGCAGCUCUGGCUCGCAGGCUUGUGGUUGGUGCCCUCGGUGUGAAAAGCAACGUAACAAAGGAGCAGCGGGAGGCAGAGAAGAGGAAGCUCCAGGAGGCCAGAGAACAAAAGCGUCUGGCAGCCAAACAGAGGGAAGAUGCUUGGGAGGGAAAGUAAUUGGAGCGAAAAGUCCUCCACUUUGAUUCGCUUGACUCCUUUCAAGCCACGCCUGGAGACAUGAAGUCGCACCAUUAUCCAAGUGUGCAGUGUUACAUCACUCAAGUUUGUAAACUCAUCAUGUUUUUUUUUUUUAUUUUUAAACGCAGGCUGAGGUUUAACUUACCUCAACAUUUGCCUGUGCUCAAGUCGUCUAGUUUUUCAAAGAUUCAUUAAUUCACCGAAAGCUAUAGGCAACAAUGCGUUUCAUCCAUUUUUAUUGUCCAACUGUAAGAUGAAAGGUUUUGUCCCAUGCACUUGCAAUUUAGAUGAUCCAUCCACACUGGCACAUAAUGGUUUAAUCCUUUAUUGUCAUGUCAGACAAGUACAGUUGUAAAGAAAUGAUUUUCAAAAGUGGCUAAACGUUGUAUUGUUUCUAUAAAUUGAGUUGCAGUAAAUGUAUUACUUUUUAAAAUAAUGUCAGAUUUCUUGUGUGUAUACAAGUAGUGCUCAUCACUGUUCAAUUCAGGGUAUCGGUGUCAUUGUUCCGUAGUGUACAGUAGUAUUAAUACUGUAAUAUGUCUUUUCUCAAACCUCGUCGUGGUAUAAAUGCUCUACGGUAUAUUUUUUAGUUUAAAAUGAAGGAGCAAUGGUAGCAUGUCAUGCACAUAAUCACUUGUAUGAGGAACCUCCCAUUGACUCUUGGGAGUCACUUGAGGUGAAUGUUUUUCUGCCACACGAUUAUAUGAACUGAGGAUUCUGUAUCCGACUGAUUUGUGGAAAUAUACUCAUGGGAAUAAAAAUCAUGCCUGCUUUUUA